UAAGUCUCAACAGAAAGUCCAAAAAGCCAUUAGGCUAAGACCCAUCAGAGAGAUACCACAGAUAUUAUGUGUAGAAUAAAUUGGCACAUUCCUAAAAUGAAAGAACACACUGGUCAGCUCAAGAACUCCAAAAGGCACCGGAAAACCACAGAACACUGUGGUGGAUGACAGAAUAAUUUUUCCCUGGUGGAGAAUAACCUCUUCACAACAGCAGGCCAGAUAAAGAACAUCCUCCAGGAGGUUGGCGUAUGAGAAAUCUUCACCACAGUAAAUACAAAGGGUUUACCACAAUCUAUGAACCACUGGUAAGCAUGACAUCCCCUGCGUCUCUCUUUUGUUAUUUUUUUUUGCAAGCAUUUGUGUUCCAGCACUAUUUCGCUUGUUAAAUAAAUUUGUUAUAUUUUGAUUAAAUCCCUGCUUCCCUCUUUUUUGUCAUAAUCCUUGAGCCGAGUUGUGACAAAUGGGGGCUCGUCCGUUUGUUUUUGGUUCGUUUAUGUGCUGCGUAUUAAGUCGUGCGUUUGCGAGACAAUGUUGGUGAAUGAAGUGUCGCUGGAGUGACGUCACACGCCGGUGGAUUUUGGACCGGGUGGUGUACAUGUAGGUUGUUAAGGAAGUUUGCGCGGUGAUUGAUUGCGUGAACGUGAUUUUUGACCGAUGGGUGUGAAAAUCUAGGGAAAAAACCACGUGACGUUCAAUAUCAGACUACAAUCUGAUACUCAGAGACUGGAUUUACCUGACACACCUGUGUGAUUUCACCAUCUACCAGUCAGCAGAGUACACACACACACACACACACACACACACACACACCGAGUGGACAGAAAACUGAAGAUCAGUUUCUGUUAACAGGUACAAUGAUGCGUGUCUUGGUUCUGGCUCUGCUGCUCUCUCAGGUUUGCUGUGAUAUGAAUCUAGACAGCUACUGGAAAUCCUGGAAAACUGAAUUCAGUAAAAACUACAGCAGUGUGAGUGAGGAAGCAUACAGGAGAGCAGUUUGGGAGCAGAAUGUUUUUAAAGUGAUGAAGCACAAUGAAGAAGCUGCAGCAGGACAACACACCUUUACCAUUGGGAUCAAUCACCUUUCAGACAUGACAACAGAAGAAGUCAGUGCUAAACUGAAUGGUCUGAGGGUGGAGAAUUUUUCUCCUCAGGAUGCUAAUGAGAAUUUCACCUUUCUGAGUGAUUUCUCCCUCCCUCCCAGUGUGAACUGGACUGAUGAUGGAUUUGUCAGCCCUGUGCAGAACCAGGGUGAUUGCAAUGCAUGCUGGGCGUUCAGUGCUGUUGGAGCUUUAGAAGCUCAAAUGAUGAAAAAGAAGAGUCCGCUUGUUCCUCUGAGUGUUCAGAACCUGAUAGACUGCAGUAGUACGGAGGGAAACCAUGGCUGCCUUGGAGGACUCAUGACUAAUGCCUUUAAUUACAUUAUAAACCACAAUGGAAUCAGCACUGAUGCUGACUACCCUUAUGAAGAAAAGGUCGGGUUGUGCCGUAGGCAUCCUAAACCUGGACGCUGUUCUGGUUUCCGGGUUCUUAAAAGUGAGUUUGAGCUGCAGAAGGUAGUGGCUAACACUGGACCGGUGGCAGUGGGAAUUAAUGCGGAUGAGGACACAUUUCACCAUUACAGUAAAGGUAUUUAUAAUUUCACUUGCCAUAAUAACACAUUGAAUCAUGCUGUUCUGGUGGUCGGAUAUGGAAAAGAAGAAGGGCAGCAGUACUGGCUCGUCAAAAACAGUUGGGGUGCUGAUUGGGGAGAGGGGGGCUACAUACGAAUGCUGCGAAACAAGAAUCAGUGUGGAAUCGGCAGCUAUAGUGUUGUCCCCAUUGUCUGAACUCAUUUCUCACAUAUCACAUUUAAUUUUUUUUAAACUUUUCUUGUUAUUAUAGACUAAUUCAAAAUUGUUUUUUUGAUUUGUAUGUUAGCUUCUGGUGGUGGUGAUGGAAAAAGUAUUUCUGUUUUUGGAAUGAAUGAAAUCCAGAGUUGCUUAUAUUGUAUUGUAUACGUUUAUGUAAUCCAUUCCCCAAAUUAUUGAAAAUAAAAUUUUUUUUUAAUUUUA